AGAUCCCCACGUUCAUUGCCACUGAAGGAUCCCCACUCACUCACUCACUCACUCACUCACUGACUCGAUCCCGUACGAGCCCAAGAUCGUCGGCCUGUGACACUGGGUGAAGAGAAUUUCCAAAUUUGACACUCCAGCACAGUCCGGGUGAUAGCUACGAGAAAAGCGUCGGGAGACGAAGGCCAACUCAACCAGGCAGCCCGAUCUGUGUUCAACAAUAGCCUUUCAACCGAGGGGAACAAGGCCACACAAUAAGGAAGCUGUGGACGAACGCAGACGACCAGGGAGUCGACAUGUUCCGACUACCACCCCUCCUUGGCACACGAAUGGUUAGAGAGAUCUCUCUCACUCUCUUCAGUCGCCUCUCGCUCCCUUGAGCGUCUCCGUGAAGGAACCAAACUUCAGGCCAUCCAGUAGCUCUCUGCUCUUCAGCAGCUUGUUAGUCCACUUAUCUCCACUUCUUCAUUCUUGUGUUGCUCGCAAGUUAUCUUUGCUUUCCCUCAACAUUGAAAGGCCAGCCACUUGAUAAGCGAGGAUCAGCAGCUAACGACGGAACAGGGAACAAACUUGGAGCGCUCUCUCGCUCUCUCUUUCCCUCCCUCUCCUCCCGAUCGUCAAUUUAGCCAAAGGACCGAGGUUACCACUUUGGGGUCCGUCUCAAGAACAACCGGUUCGAGCACUCUUGGGUCCUCUUCAGAAAACAGCUGACUGGCGAACCAGCCCUUUAAAGGGCCACCGAGCUUGUUCCACUUAUCCGCGCUCCCCUUUUCCUUUCCUUCGCCAAAGAAAGCCCAAAGUAAGGCAGGGUGAGCACAAGCGGUCCGUGCAAGAGUUGGGGGCAAAUAUCGAGGUGGGAGGCUUCGUCUGUUGCUCCUAGAGAAGUCAGAUCUAUCGUCUCUUUGUUUUUGUGGAUUUUGUGGAUCGGAAUAACAUCUAUGUUGCGCGCCCAAGAGACCAACAGAGGGCGACCAAAUGUUGAAGUGGAACAGUGGGAUCAGGAACUUUCUUCCGUGUUUUGAGACGAGGGCGGGAAAUGCUUGCCAUAUUGAAGCGCAUGAAAGGGUCUUUUUGAUGUCACAUGUCGCACGGUGAUCUGAUUUAUGCUCAGAAUGAACUCUUAAUGGCAGAAAAGAGAGCUAUCUGGGGUCGCUUCAUCUGGUGACUCAAGGAGACCAAGAAGAUAUUUUACCAAUAAUGUAAUUCUCAGUUGUAGAAUAUUCAAGCAUUCGAAUAAUGAUAUUCAGUCCUUGUAUGAAUGUUUUUGACUACCCAACAACGCAAUUUGAUAAUUAUUGGUUCAACGACAGCAUCAGAAAAUUGAAUCUAUUUCAGUCUCUCGCCGUUGCCUUGUCGGUACCUUCUCCAUUACUUGGACUCGCAUUUAGGUGGGGGAGCAUCUGUUUUCUUGAAGUCGCCCCCAAGUUUAAAAUUAGACCACAAUCAUGACCAUACGAUCCUUGAGAAAGAUGAUGUUCCUCAGUUCAGUUUGACCGUUAGCAUUGUCCACUUAAGCUUUGGUUAGACAUCAUUUUCCUGAAGGAAAGGAAGAAUGAUCAAAAUUUGGAUCGUGUCAACAUGGUUGAUCUUGUUGAUCAGCCAAUAUUUGGAGGUGUCUGGCCAUUGCAUCUAUUGGGAGCCUCCAUCUCGAGCCAGUUUGGGAAAGCAUAGUAACAACAUUUGUGGCGUACCCGAAAAUGAUGACCACAUGUCAUUAUAUUGUGGUGGAGUGGACGCACAACAUUUGGAUCACGAGGGCAAAUGCGCCAUUUGUGGCGAUGAAUGGGAGUCGGAAGACAGACCUCACGAAGUCCCUGGUAAAUAUGCCACUGGAAUCAUCGGACGGAGUUAUUUUGAGCCAGGACAGGUUAUUGAGACUAUCAUCGAUGUAGUGGCAAACCACAAAGGCUAUUACUACUUCAAGCUCUGUGUGAAUAAUAACCCCGAGAAAGACCCCGAUCAGUCGUGCUUUGACCAACAUCCCUUGAAAUUUGAGGAUGGCUCGGACAUUUACGUUAUUCCGCUCGAUUAUGACAAAGGCGCCCGCAUUAUCAACAAGGUCAAGCUACCAGAGGGCAUUACAUGUUGGCAAUGCAUCUUACAAUGGACUUGGAUUGCGGGCAAUCGUUGGGGUGUGGGCCCUCAAACUCCCUUUCAUUAUACAGAGGACUGCCUGAAUGACGAGGAGGGCAAACUAGGCUGUGGAAAUCAGGAAACCUUUCGAGGGUGUUCCGAUAUCUGUAUUGGACCGGGUUGUCCUCGAGAGCUUUGUCAACAGGCCAGCCCGUUUCCGCCCAACCCUUCCCCUCCAGACGUGAUUCCACCCAUAGAGGACUUGGACAACCCCGAUUUGGAGGAGUAUAUCCCAGAGGAGGCAGAGGGACCACCUUUGCAACCAGUGACACCUUUGCCCUCUCAACCAACAACCAGUACGACCGCUACCCCCUCAGCAACUACUCUAGCACCGCCCAUGAGACCUUGCCUGCAAACUGGGAUCAAGGACGAAUUCUUCAGCGAUUUGGGGGACACCUAUUGCCAGUCCAUUUGUUUAGGUCACCCAAUGUACUUGUGUAACUUAUACAUUUGCUACUGCAAUACCAACUGAUACUACGCACACAGGCCGUCGGGA